CUGAUAGAUUCAAUGAUCAUCGCUCUAAGCACUCGGAACCUAGCUCAGGAUACUUAUUGUGCAUCGUUUAGAACUGCAACGAAAGAUUUCAUCAUGAAGUUUCUAAUUCUUUUGGGACUGGUUGCCAUAGUGCGGGGCGCUCCUGGGUUCUACGGUGAUCAUGGACUUUCUUACGCAGCUUACGCGGCAGCACCGGCUCCAAUUGUAAAAUACGCGGCGCCAGCCGUAUCGGUCGUGCAUGCUGCUCCAGCGCCGGUUCUGAAGUACGCCGUGGCUCCUGCACCGAUCGUUAAGGCAAUAGCACCAGCUGCCACCAGUUACGCAACCUUCCACCAAGUUCACGCUCCUGUAAUUGCGGCAGCUCCGGUUGUAAAGUAUGCGGCACCAGCACCCGUUGUGUCGUACGUCCACUCCGCGCCAGUUGUGGCACACCCGGCCCCACUCAUCAAAUACGCGCCAUCGUACCAUGGAUGGUAAAAAACCAAAACACUGUGAUCCUUGAAGAUACGAUACGGACCAGCAAUCAUGGCGAUUCUGAAUAUGUAAGAAUGAUAACGAGUCUUUGCAUUUAACUACACGCCUUGUAGCAACGGUGGAAACGGAUUUGGUGAAAUUGUCUGUACGCACCAUCACUUUGCGAGAGCGAGCGAGCAAAUA